CAAAGCUGUGCGGAUUGUGAAUCGUUUAAGAGUUAUUGCUGAGCUUCCUUUUCUCCUUUCUUUUCCUACCGUCGGUCGGAGAUGUGCGUCAAAACUGUAACUAUUUUGCUAGCCAGCUUAACGGUGUUAUAUCUAGUGCAGGCACAAAAUCGAUUCGCGCCAAUUCAGCCGCUACAACAACACAAUGAUGUUGUUGAAAAUCCUGUGAAACGUAUCAAUGAAUUCGAGUUGGAAGUUGAUAUUUUAGUGAAGCGAAACCGAAUGGCACCUGCAAUGCCCAAUUUGAAUAGCAUUGUGAGUGAAGCUAAAAUAAUACCUCCUGGUUAUGCAGAAGAACAAGCGAGUGAAAAUCGCAGGCACGAGUUCAAUAACCGUGACCGUGGACCAGAAUUUCAUAAUAAACAAGAAAGGGAUAGUAUACAAAGGCAAGAACUUCAUCCUAAUGCAGAAAGAAAACCGGAUCACAAUAGAGGAUUUAAUGGCCCACCGGAAUGGAGUAUUGAUCGCAAUAGUUUAUUAAACCAAGUGUCAGAAAGUGAUAUAGAUCGAAAUCGCAAGCCCGUCAAUCCUCAAAAGCAACAAGGAAAACAGCAGCGACUCUGUGAAAGAAAAUACAGCCAAUAUAUUCAACGCAUCUUCAGCAAUGAUGAAGGCACAACAGCGGAUGCAAAUGACUCAGAAUUCGAUGGCCGCAUAUUGGCAUCACCCGGUGAAUACCCGCACAUGACAGCGCUGGGCUUUCAGAGGGAAGACAACACAUACGACUACAAAUGCGGCGGCAGUUUGAUAAGCGAAAAUUUCGUUAUUACAGCGGCGCAUUGUACAAAUGUGACAGGCGAAGUGCCAACAGUAGCACGCAUUGGUGAUUUGAAUCUGUUGGUGGAUGAAAACAAUUUGGCGCCGCAAAUAUUUCGCAUAAAAAAUAUAUACACACACCCACAAUAUGACGGUACAACCUACUAUAAUGACAUUGCGCUACUGCAGUUGAAUGCGAGCAUUGAAUUCACAGAGUUCGUUCGCCCUAUAAGAUUGUGGACACGUACAAAUUUGCCCAUUCCCACCGCCUUUGCUAUGGGAUAUGGCGCUACCUCGUUUGCACACGCGCCAACACAACGACUCACCGACUUCAAUAUGACUCUCAUUGCAAAUGAUGAGUGCAAUGAGCAUCUACCGCAAUUGGAUGAGGUACCGCGUGGCAUAAUUGAGAGUCAAAUGUGUGCCGAAGAUUUGGUAAUGCAUCGCGAUACUUGUCAGGGCGACUCAGGCGGUCCACUGCAAUACAACAUUAGAGGUAGGCGACGCACUAAACGCAUACAUUACCACCUGAUCGGCAUCACUUCGUUUGGGCUGCUUUGCCGCAGUCCAAAUCCAGGAGUCUACACGCGCAUAUUCUCAUUCCUGGAUUGGAUUGAGCGUACGGCUUGGGGCUCUACUUAGGCAAAUAGGAAGAUUAGUAAAUCUCACUUUACAAUAACUUUAAAUUUAUUUAAGUAAUAAAGGCUAGAGGAUGAGUAGUACAAAGAUUGUAUAAAUAGUUU